ACCUUCCAACUGAACCACCAUGAAGUUCCCUGUCAUCACGCUGGCCUUGCUAGCAUUUGUAGGAUCCCAGGCGUACGUCCUCCGAGAUGAGCCGUAUCCUCACCUGGCCCGGCUAAACCUGGAGCUUCAGGAAUACCUGAGAAAUGUCACCAGGGUAGUUGAUGAAAAAAUAGAGGUGAUCAGAAGGUCGGAGCUUGGACAGUCAGUGAUAGACAAGCUCCAUAACAGCUUUGCAAAAAUGAGCAAGCGCUUGCACAACCUGAAGGAGAAGUUACCUGCUGAGGUGGUUCAAGGGUACGACCUGGUGGUUGGGGCGUCGCUGGGCGUGGUGGACAAAAGUCUCAACACCAUCCGUGCCUUGCAUAGAAAGGUAUCGCCUGCCUCAGACGAGCUCGCGGAGGCUCUGUACACCAUUUUGGCACCUUACGCAGAUUCGGUCUUAGAGAAGGUGGAUCGGUACUCAAAGUCCCUGCAGCGUUCCCUCGUGGCCAAGGCCGAAGAGCUGAACCCCAAGCUGAACGAGAAGCUGAAGCAGCAGCUGGAAGACCUGAAAGAUCAGCUGGCCCCUUACGCUGAAGUUCUCCAGCAGGAACUGCAAGAAUUCCGGUCAUCCAUAGACCCCUACGUUGACCAGGUCCAGGAGAAACUUGAGGAAGGAGUGGAGAGAGUCAACCAGAUUCUGCAGCCUUAUUUUAGCCGCAUUUUCAAGGCACUCCAAGAAGGCGCUGAGAAGUUUAAGAAGUGGGUUGAAGCCCCUACCUUUCCCCCAAGUCAGUGAUGGUGGUGGUGAUUGUUUUGCACACCAUGGAGGAUGGAACCUUGGCCAACCCCAAGACAGACAGAAGAUGUGGUGGUCUCUUCUGUAGCUCAUAUCAUAAACCAGAUGUCCCUGUUGAUGUCUACACAUUGUUCCGGAUACGUGGUUCCAAUUUCUCAUUACAUAGUGGGAGCUUCUGCUGACUGGUUACAAGAUGGUGUCCGUGCCAUCACACCUAAGUCGAAGUAAAUGGCAUUUCUGUUUUAUUCUUUCACCCAUAGUCCUUCUUGUUUACUCUUAGUACUCUGUAAACUUUGAUUCCCUUAAAAUAAACUCGAGUUAACCUUUUAA